CACAGGAACCAGGACCACCUGAGCCAUGGGGCUGUCCCGGAAGGAGCAGGUCUUCUUGGCCAUAUUGGGGACCUCGGGGGUCUCGGGCCUCACUGCACUCAUUCUCCUCCUGGUGGAGGCCACCAGCGUGCUCCUGCCCACGGACAUCAAGUUUGGCAUCGUGUUUGAUGCGGGCUCCUCCCACACGUCCCUCUUCCUGUAUCAGUGGCCGGCGGACAAGGAGAAUGGCACUGGUGUGGUCAGCCAGGCCCUGGCCUGCCAGGUGGAAGGGCCUGGAAUCUCCUCCUACACUUCUGACCCUGCACAGGCUGGUGAGAGCCUGCGGGGCUGCCUGGAGGAGGCGCUGGUGCUGAUCCCAGAGGCCCAGCAUCGGAAAACACCCAUGUUCCUGGGGGCCACGGCUGGCAUGAGGUUGCUCAGGCAGAAGAACAGCUCUCAGGCCCGGGACAUCUUCGCAGCAGUCACCCAGGUCCUGGGCCGGUCUCCCGUGGACUUUUGGGGUGCCGAGCUCCUGGCGGGGCAGGACGAAGGUGCCUUUGGUUGGAUCACUGUCAACUACGGCUUGGGGACGCUGGUCAAGUACUCCUUCACUGGAGAAUGGAUCCAGCCUCCGGAGGAGACGCUGGUGGGCGCCCUGGACAUGGGGGGGGCCUCCACCCAGAUCACCUUCGUGCCUGGGGGCCCUAUCUUGGACAAGAGCACCCAGGCCGAUUUUCGCCUCUACGGCUCCAACUACAGCGUCUACACUCACAGCUACCUCUGCUUCGGGCGGGACCAGAUGCUAAGCAGGCUCCUUGUGGGUCUGGUGCAGAGCCGCCCGGCUGCCCUGAUCCGUCACCCAUGCUACCUCAGCGGCUACCAGACCACACUGGCCCUGGCCCCACUGUACGAGUCACCCUGUGUCCACACCACACCCCCCCCGAGCCUCCCCCAGAACCUCACAGUUGAAGGGACAGGCAACCCUGGGGCCUGCAUCUCAGCCAUCCGGGAACUUUUCAACUUCUCCAGCUGCCAGGGCCGGGAGGACUGUGCCUUCGACGGCAUCUACCAGCCCCCGCUGCAGGGCAAGUUCUACGCCUUCUCCAACUUCUACUACACCUUCCACUUCCUGAACCUCACCUCCGGGCAGCCCCUGAGCAUGGUCAACGCCACCAUCCGGGAGUUUUGCCAGAGGCCCUGGAAACUGGUGGAGGCCAGCUACCCUGGGCAGGACCGCUGGCUGCGAGACUACUGUGCCUCAGGCCUGUACAUCCUCACCCUCCUGCAUGAGGGCUACAGGUUCAGCGAGGAGACCUGGCCCAGCCUCGAGUUCCGAAAGCAGGCGGGAGGUGUGGACACUGGCUGGACACUGGGCUACAUGCUGAACCUGACCGGGAUGAUCCCAGCCGACGCACCGGCUCAGUUGUGGGCAGUGAGCUACGGCGUCUGGGUGGCCAAAGUGGUGUUCAUGGUGCUGACCCUGGUGGCGGUGGUGGGGGCUGCCUUGGUCCAGCUCUUCUGGUUGCAGGACUAGUGGGAGGCGGAGGUGGGCCCCCACAGAGCCCACAGGCAGCUGCGUCCCGGAUGCUGGAGCCUUCCUGAGCCCUGAGCACUGUGGGACCUUGCUCUGUGGCUCUGCCCAAGGUCAGGUGACAGCCACCUCCAGGGCACCCUCGGGGUGGUGCUGUCCACAGAGGCUGCGUGGCCUCCCCUCCCGGCGUCCCUGGACCCCGCCCCCUCCCACACUGGGCUUCCAGGGCCCUUGGUGCCUUUCUGCACACAGGCCGCCAGGACUCAUGGUGUCUCCAAGCUGUGUGACUGCAGGGCCACAUACUGCCUGCAAAGGGGGCAAGACCACAGAGGCAUAGGGUCCUGCUCCUGACAGGGCCUCAGGAAGGGUAGACAGGGGCAGAGGGGAGGGAGCUGCCUUGCCUGGACCCCCGCUCUGCCUGAUGCUGCAGGAGUCCAGACCCGGGGGCUUCUCCUGGGCCAGCCCAGCCUUCCACACCUGCUUGGAGGGUUACACUGCAGUGAGCAUGGUUUUUAUUAAAACAUCAUGUACACAGCA